CAGACUCGCUCACGGCUGAGAGCUUUGUGUUUGCGGACGCUCGAGUGGGCGUGGCUACAGAGGAAUCCUUCUUCAACAUCUCCAUAGGUCAGCUGUGCGGACACUACAGCACUGCACGGCUGCAGAUGAGUAUCAGUGCAUUGCUCUGAAAGCUGACCGCUCUGACAUCUCUAUCAUCUCCAUCAUCUUCAUCAUCUCCAUACUCUCCAUCAGUAUGGCGUGUUUCUCCUCCUCGACGAGGCUCAUGUCCAGCCUCUGCAGUCCACUGCUCCAUCACAGGUACAUCAGUACCGUGGUAAACAAGAAUACACCGUCCUACAGCUAUGUGAUAGUCGGGGCCGGUUCUGCGGGCUGCGUUCUGGCCAGCCGGCUGACGGAGAACCCAUCCGAUUCUGUGCUGCUUCUGGAAGCGGGACCCAAAGACAAGCACCUGGGCAGCACACGUCUGUCCUGGAAGAUCCACAUGCCGGCCGCGCUCACAUACAACCUCUGCGACGACAGGUACAACUGGUUCUACCACACGUUACCUCAGGCCCACAUGGAUGACCGUGUGAUGUACUGGCCCCGCGGGCGUGUCUGGGGCGGCUCAUCCUCACUUAACGCCAUGGUGUACAUCCGGGGACACGCAGAGGACUACAACCGCUGGCAGAGUGAGGGUGCGGACGGCUGGAACUACGACCACUGCCUGCCGUACUUCCGUAAAGCACAGACACACGAGCUCGGACCUGACCGGUACCGCGGAGGAGACGGACCACUGCACGUGAGCCGAGGGAAAACACAAAACCCUCUGCACUAUGCAUUCAUCCAGGCGGGACAGCAGGCUGGAUACCCCUACACCGAGGACAUGAACGGGUUCCAGCAGGAGGGGGUCGGCUGGAUGGACAUGACCAUUCAUAAAGGUCAGCGGUGGAGCACAGCGAGUGCGUACCUGCGGCCGGCGCUGUCCAGACCCAACCUGAGCACAGAGGUACGCUGUAUGGUGACGCGCGUGCUGUUCGACGGAGCCCGCGCUCGAGGAGUCGAGUACCAGCAGAACGGACAGAUCAAAAAGGUGUUUGCAGAGAAGGAGGUGAUUCUGAGCGGCGGCGCCAUCAACUCUCCACAGCUCCUCCUGCUGUCUGGAGUGGGAAACGCAGAUGAGCUGAAAACCCUGGACAUUCCUGUGGUCCAGCAUCUGCCCGGUGUGGGCUGUAAUCUGCAGGAUCAUCUAGAGCUGUAUGUUCAGCAUGCCUGUACUCAGCCCAUCACUCUCUACAGAGCCCAGAAACCCUUACAGAUGCUCAAGAUCGGCCUCGAGUGGCUGCUCAAGUUCACAGGUUACGGAGCGACGGCUCAUCUGGAGAGCGGAGGCUUCAUCCGCAGCCGGCCCGAUGUUCCUCAUCCCGAUAUUCAGUUCCACUUCCUGCCCUCGCAGGUCAUCGAUCACGGACGCGUCAGCUCCAAGAUCGAAGCCUUCCAGGUUCAUGUCGGGCCCAUGAGGAGCACCAGUGUCGGCUGGCUCAAACUCAAGAGUAAAGACCCCAGAGAUCACCCCAUCCUGCAGCCAAACUACCUGUCCACAGAGACGGAUGUGCUGGAGUUCAGAGAGUGUGUGAGGCUCACGCGGGAGAUCUUCGCUCAGCAAGCGUUUGAUGAGUUCCGGGGCCCCGAGGUCCAGCCGGGCCCUGCAGUGCAGUCAGACGCGGAGAUCGACGCUUUCGUACGGCAGAAGGCAGACAGCGCCUAUCACCCGUCCUGCACCUGUAAGAUGGGCCGGCCGGAGGACAGGAUGGCAGUGGUCAGUCCUGAGCUGCGGGUGUUUGGUGUGGAGGGGCUACGGGUGGUGGACGCCUCCGUCAUGCCCAGUAUGGUCAGCGGGAACCUGAACGCUCCCACUAUCAUGAUCGCAGAGAAAGCGGCGGACGCCAUUAAAGGCCUUCCCUCACUGCACGACCCUGGAGUUCCUGUUUACCAGCCCAGAAAACACCCUUAACCUGAUCCGCCAUGGUAAAACCGUCUCCUAACUGCAAGUGUUGUCAAAAGUAUGGAGUUCAGUACCAAUCGACACUGAAAUUUGACAAAUAUUCAUUUCCCGCUAACAUUUGAGCGCAGUUGAGUUCUUAAACACCGCUGAUUGGCCAUUGUGGUCAGGUGCUCAACAGAAAUGACUGUGAUUGGCCAUGAAAGUCAUCAGUUCACUGCUCUUCAUCACUGUUCUCCGAGUGCAAACACAGAUACACACACUGGAGCAUUUCAGAGUCACGUAGAUAAGCUGCUCUGUCUAUGAGCUGGUAUAUGAGCGAUCCGCUGAUGGAUCCACUGAUUGACACGGCUUUAAAUCACUCCACUGUGUUGGGACUCUGUGAAGAGUGGUGAAUUGAUGACCUUCUCAGCCAAUCACAGUCCUUUCUGUUGAGCACCCGAACACAAUGAGCAAUCAGCUGUUUAAGAAUGUGCUCAAAUGUUAGCAGGAAAGGGACUUUUUUUAUAUUUAAGUACCAUUUGAUACAAAACUCAAUACUUUUGGCAACACUACUAACUACACAUGAAAUGACGCUCUAAUGACGAAAUACGAUUGAUCGCAGCUGGCCUUUCAUCAGCAAUAAACCAAUCAGAUUGAUUGAAGCUUACAACAAAUAGAGCGAAUUCGCCCUAAUACCUUAUCUUUGUUUUGGAAGAAUCGCCCAUCUCCUCCUUUUCCUCCCUUUACCAGGGGGAGCUCUCGAGACCUGCCUGAUCUCGGACCCCCGUAUAUGCUUAUUGACCAGGCGGGAGCCCUGAGCUCAAUUAUCUCUGAGCUCAGGGUUCUCUCCUGUGACAGCAUGCCAACCCUGCUAUUAGCGUCAAGCAUAUCUAAGGCUGCUUUCACACCUGUGAAUGGAUUCAGUUGUUCUGAAACAGAGAUUAUAAUUGUUACAUUGUUGCUCUUUGCUCUUGGAGCGGUUCGCUUUCACACUGCAAAGUUUCU